UGAGAAGAAAGGUUUUUACAAGAUCAAGGUGUGUCAAGGAGACUAGCCUUCAUCAUGCUGCGUUGUUCCAAGGCCGCCGUAUUUGUUUUCCUGACCUCGCUGAGUGGAUCGUUCUGUUCUGAAUGCCAUUAUGACAAAACCACAAACUGGCUUGACUGCAGACGUAAGAAAUUACGGUCUGUGCCUACAGAGUUGUUUUCUGCCGAUCUUCGUGGAAUUGACUUGAGCUUUAAUGGAAUUUUAUUCGUAGAAAAUCGAACAUUUGUAAAGGUGCCGAAGCUACAAACAUUGGACCUGUCGUAUAAUCUACUGGACGUCCUUCAGCCCGCUGCUUUUUUUGGACUUGAAAAUCUUAUUUCCUUAAACCUGUCAAACAGCGAGCUAGAAAUUAAUCCUGAACUUUUGAUCGGACUUUUUGAACCUCUUGUCAGUUUGGAAGUGAUAUGUAUACAACAAUACCUUGAUCUAGAUGUCUGGCAAGGAAUAGAUACUGCUUUUAAUAAACUUAAAAAGCUGACUACUCUCUUCUUUGACUUUCCACACGAAUUUACAUUUGGCGUUGGCUUUGAAGAGUUGACAAAACUGACAAAGAUUUCUACGUUUGAGGGCGAAAUUAUUCAGGCCUCGCUUCCUAGUAAGUGCGAGUGGUCAACCAUCAAGAAUGAAACAUUUGUGAUUUUCCAAGGGAUUGCAAUCAAAGAACUAACCCUAGCCCAAUGUGAAAUUAAAAUAAUUGAAAGCCGGGCAUUCUACCCUUUGAGCUCUCUGGAAGUGUUGGACCUUAGCUUUAACGUGCAGCUUGGGCUGCGCAAUUCACUUUUAUCUCUUCAGGGCGCUCCAUUUAACAUGACAACAAUCAAUAUGGAAAAUGUUAACGGUGACAUUGCUCACGUAGGAUACAAGUUGGAAGCCGUUGACUUCAUGCACUUGAGUAAGAUAUGUGUGGAUUCCCUGGACCUCUCUCGGAACUUUAUUUUUUACGAUGAGCGUUCGGACAACCCGGUACGACUUCGGUUAGAUUGCCUGGUGUACCUCAAUAUGUCAGAGCACAGGCUCAGCGUCUGGCCAUCACAACUGAUGCAAUACCUCCGAAACAGUCCCAGGUUAACGUACCUGGAUUUCAGCCGAAGUGGGUACCGCAGCUCAAGAACCGAAGAUCUGAUCAAUAGUACACCAUGGCAAUCUUCAAGGAACAACUCCGCGUUUAUUAUACUUCCGCCAAGCUUGGCAUGGUUUAGUUUCAGUGGAUGUGAAGAUUGGUUUGUCGCAAAGGGAUAUUCAGCCGUCAUACUUGCGCCGAAUCUUCGUUAUUUCGGAGCGGCAUACAUCAAUCUAAAAUUAUGCUCCACAAACUUCGGCAGCGAAACUCCCAAUCUGUCUCAUCUCGAUAUUUCCGGGGCACGAUGCAAAAUGAUAACUUCAUUUUUUUUCCAAAAUUUUCGUAAAUUGACUACCUUGUCAUUGUCUAGUUGUCCAAAUAUGUAUUCAGUCGUAAACAUAAAAGCCAAACCAGCCAUGUUUAAUUACUUGGAGGCGCUGGAAGAAAUCGACUUAUCUAGAAACAUGAUUACGGACUUAGAUUCAGAGUUGUUCGUUACAAAUCAGAAGCUGACAUUCGUUAACUUGUCGAGAAACAAAUUGCAGCGAUUACCCCUCACCCUGUACCAUCUCUCUACACUUAAAAAACUUGACUUAAGUUUCAAUGCCUUCACCCAUUUUCGUUUGGACGAAAUGAAACAAUUGGACAUGUGGAUCGCGCAAGCUGAAUACGGGCAACCUUUCCAGGUAUUAAUGGGAGACAACCCAUUGCAAUGCUCUUGUGAAACGGUCAUAUUUGUCCAAUGGCUACUGCAAAGGACAAAACACUUUGAUAAUGUAGACAAAUACAAGUGUCUCUUGUCCAACGGAACCUGGGUGACUCUGCACUCCCUAAAACUACAGCUAAUGGACUUUCAAGUCAAAUGUGUCAGUCAUACUUACCUGAUAAUAUCAGUGGUUGGUAUCCUGGUUUUAAUAUUCGUAGUUUUGCUGUUUGUUGUGGUAAAUCGUUACCGAUUAAACCUCAGAUACUGGCUGUAUACUAAACUGACGCCCCCUGAGAACAUGUUUGUUGACCACGAGUACAUCUACGACGCCUUUGUGGCUUAUACUUCUGACGAGUACGAAUGGGUCAUCCGACAAUUACGACCAAAACUUGAGUUAGUGGAUGAUCCGGUCCAGCUGUGCGUUCACGACAGGGAUUUUAUUCCCGGAAAACCCAUUCAUGAAAACAUCGUGGAAAAAAUGAAAGAGAGUCGCAAGAUUUUGUUGAUCAUCAGUCCUGCCUUUCUGGAUUCAACGUACGGUCCUCUUGAGAUUGAGUACGCCGGCAUGAAGUGUCUGGAAGAAGGCCGAGACGACAUCAUAUUGUGUGUACUGAUGGAGGAUAUUUCAGUUCGUCAGAUGCCGAGGGCGCUGAGAAACCUCUGGCACAAGAUCACCUUCCUGAAGUGGAGCGCUGAUCCGGAGGCACAGAUCAUCUUCUGGCGGAACCUCAAAGCUGCUCUCAGUCGAACAGAGCAGUGAACAAUGUAAGACAAAAUUCAAAACCAGAUCUUUUACUUUUUAUCUAUAAUCAGAGGAAAUAAUCGAUUU